GGCCCUGGCUGCGGCGGCGGCUCCGGUUGCAGCGCUCCUCGGCGGGAUCGGCGCCUUAGUCGGCUGGGCGGAGUGCACGCUGCUUGGCUCGGCAGCUGAUCGCGCCGCCCGCCGCAGGGAGCAGCGAUGUUGGGCAACUCGGCACCGAAGCCCGCGGCCCGCGAGGCGGGCUCGGCCCUGCUAACGCUGCAGCAGAAGGCGCUCCACGAGGACCAGGAGAACAUCAACCCGGACACCGCGCUGCCCGCCCAGCAGCCACGGACCCAGGCCGCCCUGGCGGUACUGAAGGCCGGGAACUCGCGGGCUCCAGCCGUACAGCUAAGGCCCAGGACGCGACGGGUUGCACCUCUAAAGGAUGUUUGUGUAAAUGAUGAGCAUGCCGCAGUUCCUCCUUGGAAAGUCAAUGGUAAACAGCCGGCCUUCACCAUUCAUGUGGAUGAACCCGAUCAGGAGCCUCCCAAGAAGCCCAAUGAUUCCAAAAAAUCCUCCCCCAAGUCUGAGGAUGCCUUGGCUUUUAGUUCAGCAAUUGCUUUACCCGGACAAAGAAAACCACUGGUACCUCUCGAUUAUCCAAUGGAUGGUAGUUUCAAUGGUGAGUCACCAAAUAUGAUGGACAUGUCAAUUGUAUUAGAAGAUGAAAAGCCAGUGAGUGUUAAUGAAGUUCCAGACUACCAUGAGGAUAUUCACACUUAUCUUAGGGAAAUGGAGCUUAAAUGUAAACCUAAAGUGGGCUACAUGAAGAAGCAACCUGACAUCACCAACAGUAUGAGAGCUAUCCUCGUGGACUGGUUAGUUGAAGUAGGAGAGGAAUAUAAACUACAGAAUGAGACCCUGCAUUUGGCAGUGAACUACAUCGACAGAUUCCUUUCUUCAAUGUCUGUGUUGAGAGGAAAGCUUCAGCUUGUGGGCACGGCUGCCAUGCUGCUAGCCUCGAAAUUUGAAGAAAUAUACCCUCCAGAAGUAGCAGAGUUCGUGUACAUUACAGAUGAUACCUAUACCAAGAAGCAAGUUCUGAGAAUGGAGCAUCUAGUUUUGAAAGUCCUUGCUUUUGACUUAGCUGCCCCAACAGUAAAUCAGUUUCUCACCCAAUAUUUCCUGCAUCAGCAACCUGCAAACUGCAAAGUUGAAAGUUUAGCAAUGUUUCUGGGAGAAUUAAGUUUGAUAGAUGCUGACCCAUACUUAAAGUAUCUGCCAUCAGUUAUUGCUGGAGCAGCCUUUCACUUAGCACUCUACACAGUCACGGGACAAAGCUGGCCUGAAUCACUAGUACGCAAGACUGGAUACACGCUGGACAUCCUGAAACCUUGCCUCAUGGACCUUCACCAGACCUACCUCAAAGCACCACAGCAUGCACAACAAUCAAUAAGAGAAAAGUACAAAAACUCAAAGUAUCAUGGCGUUUCCCUCCUCAACCCACCAGAGACACUAAAUCUGUAAAAGCAAAGACUGCUUUUGUUUUCUAAGAUGUAAAUCACUCAAAGUAUAUCGUGUACAGAUUUUAUCUUAGGUUUUUAAUGUUAACGAUCAUUUCUGAAUACAGGUAUGGACAAAAACAAAUUAUGGUAUCUAUUACUUUUUUUAAAUGGUUUUAAUUUGUAUAUCUUUUGUACAUGUAUCUAUCUUAGAUAUCUGGCUAAUUUUGAGUUGUUUUGUUGAAAGUAUUAAUGAUGCCAGCUGUCAGGAUAUUGAAUUAAUAAAUUCGUUUGGAAAAUUUUGCAAGUCAAAUUUAAUUUUAGGUAAAAAUCUGGCCAACCCACUAAAACAGACCCUCAUUUUUUUUAACGCCCAUUUUCCUAAGCAACUAAAUUAGCCUGUUAACUUCUGUAUAAUUGUUCUGUGUUUAUUUACCAUGUCAGUGAAGAUCUGCAUUCUGGCUUUUUUGUACAGUCAACCUAUGAAGUCAUUUUAGUCCUUUUACAAAGUUUUACUUGGGUUUUUUAAAUGAAAAAAAAACAACAGAAAAAGUUCUAGAAAGCUCAUUUUAAUAUAAAAGGAACUAUUAAAAAUAUUAGGCUCAUAAUGGAUUUGUGAACAAAAAAUACCCAGGGCUGUUAGUACUGAAUAAAUAGCCUUUUAAUAGUUAUAUACAAAUACUCAACUAGGAUGGCUUUAAUUAGCAGUUCUCUUCUUCUUUCUCUUUUUCAUUGGCCUUUUGCCUGGUGCUUUUUCUUGUUUCCCACUGGGGGUUUGUGUUCUGUGAAUAAAGUAAAUAAAUGAACAGUUCACUAGCCAUGCUUGUUAAGUUUUGGAUCACUGAAAUAGAUCAGUGGCAGCUAUGAAAGUAAAUACAGGAACCUGAGAACGAGGUGCUAAUUUUUAAUUUUAGGCUGAAGAAACCACACAACAGCUGAAUAUCUUAAUGUAAAAGGGAUGUCUUUGUUAACAGUACUGUAGUAGAGGUAGACUUCAGAAGGCUGCUAAGUUAUAUGUGUACACAUUUCCAAUAAACCAGAACUUUGUUACCUUA